UCCCCGCCUGGCCCGGAGGACGCAGUCCAGGCACUCUCCUGCGGCCCUUGUCAGGUCCCGGUCUCCGCUCCGGAGCACGAGCUGCGCAGCCGCGGGCAGGGGACCCUGGAGGAAGUUGGGGAAGAAGUCCCGGCGUGGGGAGGCUUGGCAGCUGCUGUGAUGACCCGGACCAUUGGCCUUUGCUUGAAUAACAGCUAUUUGACCCAAAGGUCCAGGCUGUUGGUGGUGAUUUGGGGGAGGAGGCGAGGCCCUGGGGGCUGCCCAUCCAGACCCCGCUGCUGCCACUGGCUCAAGCCAGCAGGGCUUGGGCUCAAAGGGAUGUCUGAGCUCCCUCAUCUGGCCAGAGAGGACAGCCAUGGCCACCCCAAAGAAGCUGAUGAAAGCCAUCAGGGUCUUCGAGUUUGGCGGCCCAGAAGUGCUAAAGCUGCAGGAUGAUGUCCCUGUGCCAGAACCCGGAGACAAUGAGGUGCUGAUCAAAGUCGAAGCAUGUGGGGUCAAUCCUGUGGAGACCUAUAUUCGCUCGGGGACCUACAACCGGACCCCAGCUCUGCCCUACACACCCGGCACGGACGUGUCAGGGGUCGUGGAAGCCGUGGGGAAGCACGUGAAGAACUUCAAGAUCGGAGACAAAGUUUUCACCACCAAUACGGUCACAGGGGGGUACGCCGAAUACACCGUUGCCUCCCAGGACACAGUUUUCCCACUGCUUGGGAAUCUGGACUUCGCUCAAGGUGCAUCCAUUGGCAUUCCCUAUUUCACGGCCUACCGUGCCCUGAUACACAAGGCCCAGGCCACACCUGGAGAGACUGUCCUCAUUCACGGGGCCAGUGGAGGAGUUGGCGUGGCGGCCUGCCAGAUGGCGAGAGCUUACGGUCUCAAGGUUCUGGGCACGGCUGGUUCAGAGUCGGGGAUGAAAGUCGUUCUGGGGAACGGAGCCCACAAGGUCUUCAAUCACAGAGAGACUGACUAUGUCGACAAAAUCAAGGAAUAUGUUGGGGAGGAAGGAGUGAACGUGAUCAUUGAAAUGCUUGCUAAUGUCAACCUCAGCAAAGACUUGCAGCUUCUUUCCCAAGGAGGACGAGUGAUAAUUGUUGGCUCCAGGGGCCCCAUAGAAAUAAACCCCAGGGACACCAUGAAGAAGGAGGCCAGCAUCAUUGGAGUCAGCUUGUAUUCCUCCUCCAAGGUGGAACUCCAGCAGUCUUUGGCUGCCCUGAUAGCCGGCAAUGAGUCAUGCUGGCUGCGGCCCGUGAUCGGGCCCCGCUAUCAGCUGAAGGACGCAGCGCAGGCCCACAGAGACAUCAUCGACAGCCAGGGGGCUUCCGGAAAGAUGGUUCUGAUGAUGUCCUGAUGCCGCCCAGCGCACCCAAGACCUUGGCUACCAUGAAAGACUCUUCUGCCCUUCCCUUCUGGGCAUCAGCCAUGUGUGUGCAGCCCUACGUCGCCCCCCUGGGCCCCCCCAGGUGGUCUCCACUUUGUCACUGCUGGCCUUCAUCAAUAAAGUAGAUUAUUUUUUAAAUCA